AUGUCAGGAGAACCCCCUAAACAAACAGCAAUAAAUAUACCAGCGGAUUUACCCGGCGCAACAACACAAGCAGGAGCUACAGAGUCAGGAGCAACAACUAAAGAAUCCGGAGGCGAUAAAAGUCAAGAUGAUAGUGAAAAAGGUGGAGCAGGUGAAACAGGAGGAACAGGCGGAGGGGAUGUUGGUGCCGGGGAAUCGGUUAAAGAAGUAAUGGGCUUUCUAGAGUCUAUUCACGUAAAAGAUAAACUUGAAGAAGAAUUGGAACAUAUAGAUCCUGACACAGUUUUAGAAAGAUCAACCGAAUCAGAAAACAUUCAAGGAAGAAUCAACAAACUAGAUGUAAUAAUUACAAUUGGUCUUUAUUAUGCAUCGCUCAUUACGGAUUGGUUAACUUCCUUAGGAGACUCAACAUCAGUUGGAGCGUUUUUCUUUAACAUAUUUUUUGGAUCAUUUAACAUUACGCAAUGGAAAUUUGGACAACUUGAAUUAGUGGCAAGUAUUUCAGGUAUGGCAACAACAUUACAAAUGGGAAUUUUUGCAAUUGCUGCGUCAUUAUAUGCGAUUGCAUCAGUAGCAAAAGUCAACAUGCCAAAGCAAUUAAGUGGGCCUUUGUAUUUUGGGGGACCAUUCCAAUUCGUUCACAUUAUUAAGACGUCAUAUAAUGAUUAUCAUCAAUCAACUAAAAGUUGGGAUGCACAGAUAUCACAAGGAAUUGGAGUCUUAAGUCAAAUAUUAAUUAUUAUCGCAGCUGGAUUUGCAGCUAAUACUAGGGUAGCAGAAUUAGGAGCUUUACAACCACUUUCUUCCGGAAGUUCAGCAGUUAAUUCUAAUUUCACACCACCUGCUGGUACUGAAAUAGAGGGAAGACCAAUUAAUGUUACGGAUUCAGCUCAGGUGACAAUGGCAGUUAGACAUGCAGCAUUGUUCGCCACGACAACCUAUGCGGUUUCAGUUGUUGCAAUUAUUAUGUCAUCAUCAUUAAAUGUAAUUCAAUGGAUGGCAGACGUUUGGCGUGUCAACAGUGACGAUAUUCUCAUAUACUACAUAUUUAAAUAUGUUACCAGAAUUAUAUGUUGUUAUCCAGUGGGAGUUGCUGUUACAGAAGCCGCGACUAAGGUUAGAUCUUUAACAGAUUCGACAUUCAAUACCACCAAAGAUCCGACAGCCACAACCACCACAGAUCCAACAGCCACAACCACCACAGAUCCAACAGCCACAACCGCCACAAAUUCCGAGAAGUCUGAUCCUUCGUUACAAACCUAA